GACCAUUGCAUAAAUCAGAUCCGCCAACUUAUCAAGUGUCAUGGGGAUGUCACGCCCAUUCCCACUGAAUACUAUGCAGGAUACGGAGGCAACUACAUUGACGCAGAUCAAGUUCACAUGUGCCGUGAUUCUGAAUUCUUACUCCAAUGGACGAUACGCAGACACAAUGGCAGCGAAGCUGUACAUCCUAGGAACAGGGAUGGGACGCCAAAGACAUUGGAUUUUGAAGAGCCAUAG